AUGAAAUUAAAGGUUCGAAACCAAGAUAAAGUUCACGUAAUUGAUAAUUUAAACUCUACGUCAACUAUUAUUGAGUUAAAAAGCUUAAUUUAUUCACUAAGCGGAAUAAGUCCUUUUCGACAAGAACUCAAAAUAGGAUAUCCACCACGCGUAUGUUAUGCAAAUGAUGAAGAUACUCUAUCUUCAGUAGGCAUUCAAAAUGGAGAACAAAUUAUUCUUACUGAGAAUUCCUUAUCAGAAACAACUAGUCAACAAGUUAAUAUGAAGAAUUUUUCGGGAACAGAUAUUAUAUCAGUUCCUGUAGAGAAUGGAUCAAUUAUUUUGAGAGAAAUGGAAGAUGAUAAUUCAUGCUUAUUUCGUGCAAUUAGUAAGUCAUGUAAAGAUUUAUUUAAACUUGAUAAUUAUUGUAAAAGAUCUAGCCCAAUUAAAAAUUAUGUUUUGGAAAGAUCAACCGAUAUUCAAAACCUUAGAAAUAUGAUUAUUAAAUGUAUAAAAGAAGAUCCGGAAACUUAUUCUGAUGUAGUUCUUGGUAAAUCGCGAGACGAAUAUUGUGCGUGGAUUGCGAAAAAGAAUAGUUGGGGAGGAGCUAUUGAUUAUGAUUCGAUCGCUCUGACACCAAUCAUUGAUGCUGAUAAAGAAUACGAUCAAACAAUAUUUAAUACAUCGGAUGAAUCCAUUUUAAGUGCUGUAAUCGGGAUUUCCGAGAAAAUGAAGCAGUUACGUAAAUAUACGUACACAGCUGAUUUCACUAUACGUUGUGGGCAAUGCAAAAAGGGAUUGAAAGGAGAGCAAGAAGCUGUACAACAUGCUAAAGAAACAGAAAGAUGGCAAAGAAUUCUUGACAAUCGAGAUUAUCGCCGUUGUCGUGCAGCACGAUAUUCAACUAUCUCAUUAAAAGCACGAGUAAAAAGAUUGAAUUAA